AUGAAACGUCAGAAGCAAAAGGUUUGCUUUAUUCUCGGCUUACAAGCGAUUCUCUUUUACGUGCCCCGAGCGUUAUGGGGAAUAUGGGAAAGGGAUACCGUCACUUUGCUCGCGAGGGACCUUUCCACUUCGUUUCUGGAUCGAGAUGCUUGGACCGAGAAUAGAAAGCGUCAAUUAGUCGACUAUUUCAUUGAGGGUGAACUCCGAAUGACGCACAAUUUCUACGCUCUACGUUAUUUCCUCUGCGAAGUUUUCAAUUUUCUCAAUACGAUAGGACAAUUAUAUCUCUUGGAUCUAUUCUUCGAGGGUGAAUUUAGACAUUACGGAGUUGCGGUUUUAACAUUUCCUAAGGAAAAACAAUAUCAUCAUAGUAUAGAUCCGAUGACUCGACUCUUUCCCAAGGUCACCAAGUGCACGAUGCACACCUUCGGUUCGGCCGGCUCGAUGCAAAUUCAUGACGCUCUUUGCGUUCUAUCGUUGAACGUUAUGAACGAAAAAGUCUUCUUCUUUAUUUGGUUCUGGCUGAUAUUUCUAAUGAUUCUCGGCUUUCUUGCUCUUUUUUAUAGGAUCAUUGUUUUCUCUCAACCGAGGAUAAGAGUCUAUCUUUUGCGAGCUUCGAUGAGGACCCUUGCGCAUGCCAAAGCAAAUACCAUAGUUCGAGUGCUUACUUUUGGCGAUUGCUUUCUCCUCCAUCGACUAGCACAGAACGUGAGCCCGAUCAUAUACAGGGAGCUAAUCGAUGAGUUGGCAAUCAGCCUAUCGACGAAGUAUUUCAAAGAAUUAGUCUAAUUCUACGAAUUUAUCUAUU